AUGGCACAUAGGUUUAAUCAAACCAACAUUGUUGCUUGUCGUGGGCCAUGGGCUGGUCACAUUAGCAAUGCAAGUAACUUAUGUGGAAAAGGAUGGAAUGUAUGUAGUUGGAAAGAAUCUAGUAUGCUUAAACAGAUUACUUGGAAUGAAGCCACGACAAUAGAAGGCUGUUAUGCUUAUGAUGCAUCACAAGAUGGUGGAACUUGUAAACCAUGUAUUAGUGAUCACUGGGGAAGUGAUGAUUUAGCCGCUGUUGGGAAAUCAUGUCAGCAUCAAAAUCUAAUGUCAAAGUCCUGCAUUGGUCUAGGUAAAAUUGAUGCUAGUUGUUGUGUUGAUAGCUUACUAAGAAGAGCCUGUACUUAUCGACCUGGGAUUGCAUCAGGGGUGUUAUGCUGUAAAAAAGAAGCUAUACCAUCACUUCCCCAAGUCAGAGUUAUUGUAGAUAAAUCAAAUUUUAUCAUUGGAGAAAAUAUUCUACUUGUUUGUCAAGUCAGUAAUGCUAAAGGACCAUUGAAUAUAGCAUGGCUAAAGGACAAGACUUUAAUUAAAGUAGAAGAAAUAAAUAAAAAUUCGCAGUCCAAACUAUCACUAAACAAGAUUAAUCAUCAUCACAAUGGCGAGUAUACAUGCCUAGCGACCAAUGAUGAUGGUACUUCUCAAGACAGUAUCAAAAUAAGAGCAAGAGGUCAUCAGGGUUGUGCUGCUGGUGAUAACCGUUUGCCAAGGAAAUACUACAAUAUCUCAGCCUGUCCUGGCCGAUGGAAAGGUCAUAUUAAAAAUGGUGGUAAUUUGUGUGGUGAUAAUUUUCAAGUCUGCAGUAUAGAAAAUGUUCAAUCCUUAAAUGAGAUAUCUUGGAAAGAUUUAUUCUUCCUAGAGGGCUGUUUUUCUUACGAUGCAACUCAUAACUCGAAGCAAUGUUUACGUUGUAAGGAGACUGCAGUUAUGGCUGGAUUAGGUCGAUCGUGCCAAUAUAAGCUUAAGCCAAAGGGGUGCAGCAGACAUGGGUAUUUAUACUCUAAAUAUAGCAAGAAAGCAAAGAAUAAGUGUACCUACAACAAGGGAUCUACCACAGGUGUCAUGUGCUGCAGAAUUCCUUCUAAAAAGGAAGUUAUUAAAGAAGAUAGCAUAUGUUAUCCUGCUUGUCAAAAUGGAGGAUACUGCAUCGAUAGGAACAGUGCAUAA